AUGGGGUUCGAUCGUUAUCGGAGGGAGGAUUCUUCACAUCCCAAUUAUCGGUUUUUCCCCAAUAGAUCACGAGCCCAAACGAGGAUCCUCUCGUGGGCUUGCCUGGGUGUUGGUUGUUUUCUCACGAUCUUCUUCCUAAAAACAUUCGAGCAAAACAACGAAAGGCUUAAAGAAUAUUACCAGCAACUUGCUACCAAAAAUCCGCACGCCACAGCACAGGCCCAGGCCCGCAGAGCAGAUCUCAAUCUUCCGCGAAGGCCCAGGGUCCCUCUGAACAUAGAAGACGAGGACACACAAGUUUCCAUGGACGACAUUGGGGCCCUUUUCGGCGGUAGAGAAGGCCCAUGCGGUCGUGCGGGAUCGUUUGUAAAAGGCACAGGGCCUUCAGUCACACUUAGGGACGGUUUUCCGAGACGUUAA